CAGCUCACCCCUUCCCUCUCUGUCUUAUUUCUUAUGUCUUUCUUCCCCCUGCAGAGAUGGAUUGCGUGCCUUGGCUGAGCUGCGCAGCUGCUGCAGAGAUCUCACGGCGGCGCAGAUGAAAGUAUCGGUCUGGGCUUUGUCGCAGCACCGAGAGCUCGCUCCUUCGGCCCCGUCUCGUGAUCAUCAUCACAUCCAUCGCCAAAAACGCCGUGCCGUGCAGACACCCACGACAACCAACAUUCGAGUGGAUAAUAAGAGAAAAGCCGAUAGGUCGAUAAAUAGCCUAAAUAUGGCGGCUAUAACCGCGUUAUAACCGUAAACAUCGACUGACGGUAGGGACUAUUGCCUCGAUAACCUAACCGCGCAACAGAAGAGGAGGAAAGACGCACUUGUUCAGGAAAGGAACAUCACUUGUGUAGAGGCUGCUCACUGGCCCAAAGAGACAUGAGACAACUGCAGGAGGCAGGUAACUAGGCAACAAUAGAAACACUGCACGCGCCACGGCGGGAUAAAAUGGGGUACAAGUACCCCGGGGCAGCGAUGGACCGCGUCAGCUUGCUGUGGCGUCUACGUCGCCGGGCUCGUCGCGGGGCGCUAUGUAUGGGCCUCUUCUGCAUCUCCAUGGCAAUGCUCUAUGCCCUCUGCGCCGAGAACAGCGUACCCGUCACCGAUGCUAUCUUCGGGGUGCGGGCACGGACCCGCGCCCAGCCCCGGGCACACUCCAUCAUCAAGGUGCUGAGAGGUGGGGCCAAGCCCAUGUACCUCGACCCCCAGAAGCUCCCCGGCGUCAUCCCUGGCAACGCCCACCGUCCAAUCCCAGUCCUCUCCUCCCCAAACCACACACAGGAAGUCACAGCUAAGGAGACACACCCAAAACACCCCAAGAGAGAGCGCGAGUCAUCGGGAUUCUUCGCCUGGCUCUUGCCGCGCCCCUUCAGGCGGGCCAUGGAGACCCUGUUUGGGGGCCGUCGCCGGGGGGAGCUUAGUGGAACAGUCGGGGACGCAGAAUUUUUUGGUCCUCACAGAGCUCUGGGGGAGGUCUGGGACGACGAGAUGUCCAGUAGCAUGCUGGGGAAGAGGCUGAGGAAAGUGGUGCAGAACUAUCAGGCGAUGAAUAAGUAUGGUGUGGAGUUCUCUGGUCCUGGGGGCGUGGCCACUCGUCCUAAAGUGAGCGGCUCUGAGUUGCUGUGCCAGCUGAAGUACAAGGUAGACGUUGCGACCCUGACCCCUGACCUCGAGCCCUUCUCCUCUCUGCCCUGGGCGUACCAGCUGCCCCUACAACCCAUAACCUCUGACCUUGGACCCUACAAGAGCUGUGCGGUGGUAUCAUCGGCUGGGUCACUACGCUACUCUGGACUGGGCAAGGAGAUUGACUCCCAUGAUGCAGUGCUGCGGUUCAACGCAGCGCCCACCGUGGGGUACGAGAAAGACGUCGGCUCCAAGACCACCGUCCGCCUCCUUAACUCCCAGGUGAUGGCAUCAGACGACCACCGCUUCCUGUCCAGCUCUCUGUACAGCACAGGUGUUCUGGUGGCCUGGGACCCUUCCCCCUUUUCUGCUGACCUCAGCCAGUGGUACAACAAGACUGACUACCCCAUCUUCGCCCAGUACCAGCGGUACAGGAGGCUCCACCCCCUCCAGCCCUUCUACAUCCUGCACCCCAGCUUUGAGUGGCAGCUCUGGCAGCGAAUCCAGGACAACAUGGCCGAGCCCAUCCAGAAGAACCCGCCCUCCUCUGGACUGCUGGGUACGGUUUUGAUGAUGUCCCUGUGUGAGGUAGUACACGUGUAUGAGUUCCUGCCAUCUCAGAGGAAGACGGAACUGUGUCACUACUACCAGCGCUUCUACGACGCAGCCUGCACUCUGGGAGCCUACCACCCCCUGCUCUACGAGAAGAACCUGGUCAAGAGGAUGAACCAGGGGCUCGACAGGGACAUCUACACCCACGGACGGGUCACCCUGCCUGGGUUCAGCACUCUCAACUGCACCCGGGGGCCUGAAAUUGUACCAGCAAGCGCUGACUGAGAUAAUAAGAGAGAUCAUAUUACAGUCAGAAACACACACAGGUGGUAAAUAAAGAAACACAAUCAUAUUCACAAGCACAGCAUGUAUAACAAUAUGACUGACUACUUUAUCAUGUGCAAUCAAUUCAGACAAUCUCUAAAUCAUGGACUGAUGGACAUUGACAGACAUGUAUACAUGUUUGACACUGCCAUAACUAAAUGGAAUCUUGCAACUAAUGUAAAUACCCUUUACUCGCUCAAACACGCACAGGUGCACAGAAUUCCUUGUGACAGCACAUACAAGAAAUCACACACAUACAUCAUACAAUAGACUGUCUGCAAAAAACCCACAAACUCACAGUUUUGCCGAUAUCCCUCUUUCCCUAUGUGAAUAUAAGCUAUAAGCGUAGUCAUUCCACUGUGAUGCGCUGUUGUCCUGUCUCUGUCUCUCAGGUUGUGACUGAGGGACAGAAAGAAGAGAGCAGCUCCUCUCUCAUUACUGAAGAUUGUCUCUGCAUGCCUGCCUUCAGCUGCACUACCACACACACAUAUACACACCGAACCUGUACCCUAUGUGGACUAGUUGAAAAUGGACUUGAAGAGAAACUGAGGAGACUGCAUGAAGCUCUGACAAGAAGAGUGGCACCUCUUGGAUAUGCUAUAUAAUUGACCAUAGACCUGAUGGAGAUAAAUCCUUGAGUGAAAUGUGAAGGCUAACUGAAGGAAGCAACUGGAGUUCAUAGCAUGAUGCGUGACAUCUAAGGGCGACCCAGAGAUUACCUCAUCAAGACAUGGACCAGAUACAUUGGGUCACAGAGGUCGUGCGGUGACACACACACACACACACACACACACACACCAGCCAGACUAGCAGUCUUCUCACUCAUGAAUGAGCCAACCAUCCAGCCCACCAUGGACCAAUGAGAACUGAGAACAGUUGUUCUGGACUGGCUGAGGAUUUCGUGGGCAUCUAAUGCCCCUUUGUGGGUGAACAAAAUAACUGGAUUAUUGUAUUUCCUUCCAGGAAGAAAAAAUGGAAGUUUGUUAAAAGUAGAAGUUUGUUUUGGCAAAUAAAAACCCUGGUCUGCAUCCAAAAUGGCAACCCUGAUCUAAUCAAAUGAAGAAAGGAUUUCUAGGACUGCACUGAUUUACCUACUCUACGAGAACCAAAUAAUGCUUUAUUUGUCAUUUUUACUGAGAUGCAUAAUAACUUUAUAAUUUACACCUCCAAGGGGGCUUUAUAGAUUUAGAAUCAUUGAUGUCAUAAUAUUGAAAAUUUAAUUAGAAUGACAGUCAAACCCCUUGUUGUUGCACUUCUGUCCAUGUUUGCCAGCCUUUCUCCCCUACCCUGCCUGUUACGUGUCAAAUGUCAUAGCAUCUCAUCAUUCUGCACUCAUAAGCUAAUUCUAUACCAUCCUGCUCAGACAACCCCAGUCUUCAUAGCAAACCACUGCUCACCUCGGUAACACUGCCCACACGUUAGCCGCCCCUACGUUACAAAACGCUUUUACCCAAUAUUGCACAAAAUGGUUGCUAACAUUGCCAAUAUGGUAGGGUUGCUGAUACAUUUUCCAUAGUAAGAAUGAUCCGAAUAAUGUAAUUGACUUUGAAUUUGUGUUCAGAUCAUUUGUUAAACCAACUGAAUGAAUGAAUGUGCUUCUGGAGUGUGCAUUGUUGCACUGCCUAUACAUACAUCCACCAUUUCCCAACCAGCACAGAACAUUCUCCUAAUGUUGCCACAACAUUGGGAAAGUAAGGCUGUUUAUGUUAUUUUUAGACCAUGGCUAGGGGUGUUUUUAGAAUGUUUACAGAUGUUGUUUCAUGGUUUCUUUGGGACUUCUGUCACCCUGAUAGCAAUGUGUACCACUGAACAGAAAUAUUAAUGCAAUGUGUAAAGUGUUGGUCCCAUGUUUCAUGAUCUGAAAUAAAAGAUCCCAGAAAUUUU